CAAAACAAAACCCAAUACUCGUCACCAAAGCAACACAAGAGAAACGAAGAUGGAAUUGAGUUUAGCUUCAACGUGUAUGCCAUUGAGCUUCAAGUUGAAACUGAACCAUGACCUCUUCCACUCUCAAAUUCCCAUUCUCACAGCUUCAACCAAAGCCACAAGAAGAACAACAACGAAACCCUUGUUCACCGUUAACGCUUCAUCAACCACCAGACAAACCUUGUCCUCCAACUGGGACCUUCCCAAUGAUUUAUCUGCAUCUACCGCUUCCCCAUGGCUCCCCAAACUCGAAGAGCUUGACACCACCAACAUGCUUCUCCGUCAGAGGAUUGUCUUUUUGGGUUCUCAGGUGGAUGAUAUGACUGCAGAUUUUAUCAUUAGUCAGCUUUUGUUUUUGGAUGCUGAAGACUCAAAGAAAGACAUCAAGUUGUUUAUAAAUUCACCUGGUGGUUCUGUUACUGCUGGAAUGGGAAUUUAUGAUGCCAUGAAGUUAUGCAAGGCAGAUGUGUCUACUGUUUGUCUCGGGCUUGCAGCAUCCAUGGGCGCAUUUAUCCUUGCUUCUGGUACUAAAGGGAAGAGGUAUUGUAUGCCUAAUUCCAGAGUUAUGAUCCAUCAGCCGCUUGGAACUGCUGGUGGGAAAGCUACAGAAAUGAGCAUCCGUAUAAGAGAAAUGGCAUAUCACAAGAUCAAGAUAAACAAAAUACUGUCACGAAUUACAGGGAAACCUGAAGAGCAGAUUGAAUUAGACACUGAUCGCGAUAACUUUAUGAAUCCUUGGGAAGCCAAGGAAUAUGGUUUAGUUGAUGGUGUUAUUGAUGAGGGAAAACCAGGAUUAAUUGCACCGACGGCAGAAGCAUCGGCACCUCCAAAAACUCGUGUUUGGGAUCUAUGGAAAGUUGAAGGAACUCGGAAAGCGAGGAAAAAUAUGCCCUCUGAACAUAAGUUUUUACAGAAUGCAAUUCAUGGCCAGGAUAGUGAUGAUGAUAAAGGUACUGGACAAGAAGAGGGAACAACUGCUGUAUGAGUUAGGAAGCAAGGAUUCUAUUGCUUCUGUACUCCACAAAUCUGUUUAUUUUAACAUUUAUCACUUCCACAGUUCCACCAGAAGCUAAAAGGGAUUUUUUGGUGUGUUAUUGCUGGUCAUAUUUCAUAUUCCAUUAAGAUCCAGACUGUAUAUUAGUUAUCAAAACUUGUAUACCUCAAGUGUUAGGUGCAUUAAUGAAUAUAAUGUUUCCUCCA